AUGGGCUUCAGCCAAGGCGACUCCAAGAAGGGAGCCAACCUUUUCAAGACACGCUGCGCGCAGUGCCACACGCUCGAGGCCGGCGGCGGCAACAAGAUCGGCCCCGCGCUCCACGGCCUGUUUGGCCGCAAGACGGGUUCCGUCGAGGGCUACGCAUACACCGAUGCCAACAAGGGCAAGGGCAUCACAUGGGACGAGAACACCCUCUUUGAGUACCUCGAGAACCCCAAGAAAUACAUCCCCGGCACCAAGAUGGCCUUUGGCGGUCUCAAGAAGGACAAGGACAGGAACGACCUCAUCACCUACCUCAAGGAGGCGACGGCAUAG